CCACGUUGAUAGUCAUAAAGCGUGGAGAUAUUUCAGAGAGAGAUACGCACGUAUUAUUGUGGUUGGUGCUUUGUAUGUAGUUUUUCUUUUCAGGGCUGGAAAAAUUAUUGUAUCUGGGUUGGGUAUAGGUGAGGAGAAACAUAAUUAUAAAAAUAGGCAAAUCAAUAAGGAUCAAAAUCUGGAAAUCGUGGAGGAUAUUACUGAUAAAAUAGUUUUUACCCAUCAGUUCCAUGAUGAUGGGUUUUGGAACUGGAGAAAGGACAAAUAGAUUCGUGUGUCCAAAUGAUAGACAACUUUCAUUAAGAGCAAAAUUGAACACAGGUUGGAGUGUGAAGACAGAAACCCUUGGUUACAAUAAUUCUAAAGUUUCUAAGUCAUCUUCAAUAGGAGCUGAAGAACAAGAUGCUAUAGUACAGGUGAUACAAAGGGCUGAACAGCUAGAUGUAUCUGAACAGGAAAGGAUCGGAAAGCUAGUGGAGAGACUCGAAACCAUGCGGAAAAACGCGUUGGGCAGAAACCCAUCUCAAUGUUUGCUAUGCGGCGAUGGGUUUGGUAUACUGGGCGCUCAAAAAGUAAUGUGCAUGGACUGCCGACGAUUGGCUUGUCAAAAAUGCGUCAUAGAUUCGUGCGCAGGUACUAGCAACAGACUGUAUCUAUACCAGCCACCUGAACAACCUUGCGUGAGCCUUUUGCACUUGACCAAAAGCCGCGGAAUCUGGCUAAAGAGAGCUGUCGCUUGCAGCCAGCAGCACCACCUGAAGGAGCACUGGCUGUGUAUGAUUUGCGCCGAAACUAGGGAGAUUUGGAAAAAGUCUGGCGCUUGGUUCUUCAAGAGCAUCCCCAAGUAUAUUCUGCCCGCCGAGACUCCGAGGUUUUCGAGGACGAGGAGCGUGAGGAUAUCGAGGAGGUAUCGAGAGGACGACAGCAGCUCUGAGGACGAAAAGAGGUCUUGGAAUAGGAGGCAAAGGAGGAAUUCUGGCACAGAGAGUACUCACGGUGUUAGUGACCAGGAACCAGUUAAUCACUACGGUCCCACACCUGUACCCAAUUAUAGUCGCCAAACUAGUUCCAGUGAAUCACAAAUUUCCAAAGACAUGGAGCCUUUGAGAUGCCAAAUGGGCUCUAUAACUCUUAGCGAGGUUAAAAGCUGGGAGGAUUCUGGAACUGAUGACAGAAAACGGGAAACUGCUAGCUCAGAAGCUUCUAGAAGGGAAUCUAUGGCUAGUAGGUCGAUAUCUGACUGGAAUGGAUCGGAAAUUAGAAGCGAUGAAAAAGUUUCACCUAGUACUAGUAGUGCAAAUAGCAGCAUAUUAUUCAAGAGCUCUCUGGACGAGCAAAAACCAGUGGACACCAGCAUGGGAAUAAUCGAGCUGUCGCUCACCUACGACCAGGAAAUGAACACCCUCCACUGCACCGUAUACAGGGCGAAGAACCUCAUCCCGAUGGACAUGGCCGGUCUGUCAGACCCCUUUUGCAAGCUCAACAUCAUGCCUGACGCGAAUCCGUCCACGCGACUGCGCACCAAAACAGUGCACAAAACCAAAAACCCGGAGUUUAAUGAGAAUUUGACCUUUUUCGAGAUAACCGAGGGGGAUAUUUUGAAAAAGUCUUUGCAUGUGUUGGUCGUCGAUGAUGACAAGUACGGGCAGGAUUAUAUGGGGGAGAUAAGGGUGCCUUUGGCUAAGUUGAAGUACCAGAAUACCAUAUACCUGAGCGUACCUCUGGAGAAUCUCAGGACAGAGCAAAAAGGUCCUGUUCCUAUUCCCGAGCUCAACGAUUGGUUCGAUGAUCUGUGGUCCAGAGGACAGAUCUUGUUGUCGCUCUGUUAUAACACCAAAAAAAGGGCUCUCUUAGUCACGGUGGCCAAAUGCGUCAACUUGCUACCGAUGGACAAUAACGGACUGUCAGAUCCUUUCGUUAAACUUCAAUUGAAGCCAGAUCCGAACCACAAGAAACACAAGACCUCUAUCAAAUGGAAAAAUCUCAAUCCGGAAUGGAACGAGGAAUUCGCAUUCGAAACACGUCCAACCGAACUGUACACCCAAAGUUUAUACAUCACCGUGUAUGAUAAAGAUUAUGGGAAAAGUAACGAUUAUUUAGGAGGACUGAUACUGGGUGGAACAGGUUCAAAAGGGCUGAGACUGAAACAUUGGAUGGAUAUGAUAAGGUAUCCUGAUCACAGACAUGAGCAAUGGCAUAAUUUGACUGAAGAAAUAUUAGAGUGAAAAGAAAAUAGUAUAUUAUGACUAAUUUUUUCAGAGGAACAUAGCAGUAUUUUCUUGACUAAUUUUGCCUGCUAAGUAUUUACGGAGCUUUGUGGACCUGAUGAAUAUGUGGACAAAUUUAUAUGUAAAAUGUUGAAUAACACUGCUAUUUUA